AUGGCUGCCCCAAUCAACAACACCCUUAUGUCACUUAUCACCCAAUCAACAUUGACCGGACUAAAUUAUGAGGAUUGGCAUCGUAACAUUAUGCUCCUUCUCAAGGCUGAGGGACUUGACUCUGUCCUAACGGAAGAGUCUCCCACUAUACCAUCCGCUGAUAUGGAUGGAACUGAGGAUAUUGUUGAAUUUACUGCAGAACAACUUAAGGAAAAGGUGGACAUCUUCAAAUCCUACCAUCAAAGGGAUUCGAAGACCCAACUAUACAUUCUGAAUUCCAUUGACAAAUCUAUUGUCGAGUCUGUCAACGGAAUAUCUUCUGCGGGUGACAUGAUGGCUAAAAUCAAGGAGUUGUAUAGUCAACAAGACACCCACAUAGAGUACGAGCUAGUGGAUAAGAUCCUUAGUCUCAAGAUGGAACCUGGAACUCCAGUCUUGGACCACGUGAUGAAAGUUCAAAAUCUGUUCGAACAAUUAGAGGGUUUGGGUUCUGAAAAGUUCUCCUUGAAGUAUAAGAGGAACGUCAUUUUUAAAUCUCUCCCUGGCUCAUUCAGCUCUUUUAUUUUCAACUUCAAUAUGAACAAGUUAGAUGUUCAGUUGACCGAGCUGGGUAAUAUGUACAAGAAGCCGAGAGAGCAAUUAAAAAGGAAAAAGCAGAAGUGCACCUCACCGAGGUGA